AUGUGUACAGUGACAGUGUACUUCACUUAUUUUCUUUUGUUGAUACCGAAUUAACGGAAGACAGGACUUUUUAAUCUAAUCACAUAAAAAUAUGUGAUAAAAUGUGAUGUGUUAGUUUACUUACUAAACAAACAACCUUAUAGACAAAAUCGGGCAAUUAUAAAAGCAAUUUUCAAAUAUUCUAUACAUUUUGAGGACAAAAAUUGUGUAUUUGAAACAAGGAACAUGUAGAGCUUGUUACCCUAUAUUCCUAUAUUUUAUUGCCAGUGAUGUAAAGUAGAUCAUAAAAAAAAGUAUAUUUUUGCAUGUUUCCAAUAUUUUUAUUCAGUUUAUCUGUUAGCUAUGGAAUUUAAAGUUGAACUUAAGGAAGGUUUUGUUGAAUGUAGUGAAAGAGUUGAACUUAAGAAAGAGGAAGGUUUUGAUGAAUGCAAUGAAAGAUAUGUAGGUAGUCAGUUAUACACUUCAACAGAUAAUAUUGAAGCUUGGAAGGAUGAACCAGAUGCCAAACCAGCCACAGAAGUCAAAGCUGAAAUUAAAACAGAGUUUGCUCAAGAUGGCCCAGAAUAUAUAGAAAGUCAGCCAGUUACAUCCUUGGAUCUUGGAGAAUUAAAAAAUGAACCAGAUGAAGAUAACUCAGAUUUUUCCCAGCCCAAAAUGGAACAUAUGAAAGUACAGACUGUAACAGAACUUUAUAAAUGUGAAAUUUGUUUUAAGCAGUUUACUCAAUCAUCUCAUUUGAAAACGCAUUUGAGAGUGCACACCGAAGAAAAACCUUAUAAGUGUGAAGUUUGUUCCAAACAGUUUUCUCAAGCAAUUAAUUUGAAAACACAUUUUAGAAUGCACACGGGAGAAAAACCGUACAAGUGUGAAUUUUGUUCAAGGCAGUUUUCUCGAAUGGACCAUUGGAAAACCCAUUUGAGAGUACACAAUGGAGGAAAACCUUAUGAGUGUGAAACUUGUUUAAAGCGAUUUGUUACUACUAGUGAGUUGAAACGACAUUUACGAGUGCAUUCUGGAGAAAAACCUCACCAGUGUGAUAUUUGUUUUAAGCAAUUUUCCCUAGGAUAUUCCUUGAAAAUCCAUAUGAGACUGCACACCGAAGAAAAACCGUACAAGUGUGAAAUCUGUUUAAAACAAUAUACUACAUCACAUCAUUUGAAAAUUCAUUUGGUUAUUCACAGUGAAGAAAAACCAUUCAAGUGCGAAAUUUGUUUUAAACAGUUUUCUUAUGCAACUAAUUUGAGAGCACAUGUGAAGAUCCACAGUGGAGAGAGACCUCACCCGUGUGAAAUUUGUUUAAAGAAGUUUAUUACUCCAAGUGAUUUGAAAAAACAUAUGAAAUCGCACAGUGGAGAGAAACCGCACCAGUGUGAAAUUUGUUUUAAGAAAUUUACUGCCUCAGGAAGUUUGAAAAGUCAUUUAAGAGUGCAUACUGGAGAAACGCCUUACAAGUGUAAAUUUUGUUUAAUGCAAUUUGGUCAUGGCGAACAGUUAACAAGACAUUUGGAAAUACACACUGGAGAAAAACCUUAUCAGUGUGAAACUUGUUUAAAGCAAUUUAUUAGAAAUAGUGAUUUGACAAGACAUUUGAGAAUUCACAGUGGAGAAAAACCUUAUAAGUGUGAAGUUUGUUUCAAGCAAUUUAGUGAAGCAAGUCAUUUGAAAAGACAUUUUAGAGCGCAUACUGGAGAAAAACCACACAAGUGUGAAAUUUGUUUCAAGCAAUUUAGUGAAGCAGGUCAGUUGAAAAAUCAUUUGAGAGUGCACACUGGCGAAAAACCUUACCAGUGUGAAAUUUGUUUCAAGCAGUUUUCUCGAAUUUCUCGUUUGAAAAAUCAUGUAGAAAAACACACUGGAGAAAAACCUUACCAGUGUGAAACUUGUUUAAAGCAAUUUGUUACUACAAGUGAUUUGAAAAGACAUUUUAUAGUGCACACUGAAGAAAAACAGCACCAGUGUGAAACUUGUUUAAAGCGAUUUAUUACGACAAGUGAUUUGAAAAAACAUUUAAGAGUGCACACCAAACCGAAACCGCACAAGUGUGACAUUUGUUUAAAGCAAUUUUAUAAACCAAGUCGUUUAAAAAGACAUUUGGAAAUUCACAGUGAAAAAAAACCAUACAAGUGUGAAAUUUGUUUGAAGCAGUUUUCUAAACCAAUUAAUUUCAAAACACAUCUGAGUGUUCACACUGGAGAAAAGCCACACGAGUGUGAAACUUGUUUAGAGCGGUUUAUUACUCCAAGUGAUUUGAAAAAACAUUCGACAGUGCACACUGGAGAAAAACAGCACAAGUGUGAAAUUUGUUUUAAACAGCUGAUUUCAGCAGAUUCAUUGAACAAACAUUUACGACUGCAUACUGGAGAUAAACCUUACCAGUGUGAAAUUUGUUUUAAGCAGUUUUCUCGAAUAGAUUAUUUGAAAACACAUUUGGAAUUAUUGCACACUGAAGAAAAAUCUUAGAAGUGUGAAAUUAGACAUUAGCCCCGUCUCCACUGGGCGAACACGGAGGCUGGCUCACGACCCAACUUCCUAGAUUUUCGAAAACAUCGAGGCGGGGCUCGCGAGGCAAGCCGAGCCAUGAGUUUCCUCAAACAAUUCAAGAUGGACAGUUCUGUUACAGCAGUAGCUGUCUUCCUAUCGAUGUAUUGUUAAAAAAAGGAAACACAUAAAAAAGACAAGACGCAUGUGGAUCAAAAGACUUUAUGAGCGCCGCAAAGAAUACGGAAAUAAAUUACUAAAGGACAUUUAGGGUCGGUACUAAACCCCAGUUAGUUAACCGGUUUUUAAUCGGGACCUCUUUAGGGUCUCUUGCGUUGUAAUAAAUGCAAUUAUAAUUAUUAUUAUACUUAUCUAUAAUUAUAAUAAUACUUGUAAUUGCAUUUAUUACAACGUAAGAGACCCUUGAGAGGUCCUGAUUAAACCCCGGUUAGCUAACCGAAGUUUAAUCGAGACAUAAAGUACUGGGCCUUAUUGUGAUAAUUCUGUGCAUAAUUUAACACAAUUGAACAAACCAGAAUUUGAAACUCUAUAUUCAUUAUUAUCUGAGAAAAUUUGAAAACGCAACACAAAUUAUAGAGAAGCCAUUAAUGUUAACAGAACAAGUUCUAAUUACUCCAAGAUUUUUAGCAACCGGAGAUUCUUACACCAGCUUGCAAUACUAGCAACCUAGCAAGGAUUCAACUUUUUUCUUCAAAUCACCAACAGGACACUUCAUCGCCACCGUAAUUAGCCUUCACACAUCCUUCCGCUGACUUUUAUUUAAGUAUUUGGGAUGCUUAGGAGCCCAUAGCAACGUGUGAACCAUAUAAUUUAAUUAAGGUAAACGAAUCUUCUUGAGUAUUCAUAUUCACGAUCAAAUUAGCAGAACCAAAGCUUAUGCCUCGCAAUCAAGCAACACACUUCCGCCCACACUGAAAGUACAACGCAUACUGAGGCGCCUUUGAGCACGUGCCUUUUGCCGACACCGACCGGCUCGGUUCCGAGGCAUGUUCGCCCGAGGUAGCGUGCGCCCGCACAACCCCGAGGCACGGCCACACCGAGUCCAGGCCGAGCAUUUGGCUCCCGAGGCGGCCAUUGGAGACGCGGCUAUUUUCUCAACAAACACUAACAAAAGUUGUAAUGAGUUUUCCCCGAAAAGUGCUUCAUUUUUGAAGUUAUACUUCUUUAGGCGCGUUGGGAGUAAAUUUAUAUGUGCGCGAAUUCAUGAAAAGACUUGGUCCUGUGCGCAGCUGAAACGUUAAAUGUGCUCUCAUUGAGUAAUUACAAUGACCUGUCAAUAAUUGUUUAAUAUGGGUUAUGGGCAAACAAAUGUUGUGUAUAUUAGUUUUUAUUGUUGUGAGGGCAGAGAAAAAAGCAAGUGUAGUGACUUUUUGAAUACAGUACAACCUCGUUAAUCCGGACCUCGAUCAUCCGGAUGUCCGGAUUAUCCGGAUCAAUCCGGAAUGAAAAAAUAAAAAAAAAAUUGAUAAUUGUAUGUAUGUAAUGCGAUUUCCCGGUCACUAAUUUGUUGCCUUGAGUGAUCGGACGGUCUAGGGACACGCUGGAAAGAGAAAGACACCAGCAAGACACCACUCCAGCUGAACUAAUGAUAAUGAAACGUUUACGUGAUCGUGCCACAUUUAAACGUCACACAAAAUUAAAACAAAGGAAGAUCAAUGACCUUUUUGUAAAUAAAAACUAAUGCUCGCGUAAAUUAUAUAGGGUGUACAUAAAUAUAGUAAGUUAUCAUUUCACAUGUAGUUUUAUUAACCUUAUUAUAUUUCCGGAUUUUCGAUUUACUGGAUCGCUUCCGGUCCCAGUUAGUCCGGUUAAACGAGGUUGUACUGUACUUUUUAAAACCAACAGGUACGUAAUAAUUGUAAAUGUUUCAGUAUCGUAAUAAAAAAUUACAUAGGUACCUACCUACUUGGAAAAUGUAAAAUAAACCUUCCUAGCAUGUAAUGCUUUGAUUUACAUAAUUUGAUUACCAACAAAAUUUCUACCAAUAUUCAUCUAAUAUUGUUUUCUUGCUCUAUGUUUUGUUGUGUUUUAAUAUUUCAAUUCCAUAAAAAUCAAACUAAUUUGGUUAAAUUCAGAACUCUCAAAAGUUUAAAACGUUCAGUUGGUCUAUUUUCCAACAUGAUGCAUAUGUCUCCAUAGCCAAAAUCUAAAGAUGCUUGAAUUUCAAAACUAACCGCGCCGAGGUACGCGAGUUCAAUCCCCAAUACAAACUUUUAUUUUUUUUAUACAUUUUAUGAUUGUAAAUAUAUAAUUAUAUAAUUUUUUUAAAGAAAAUACGUAUUUAGUUAAAAAUUUUCCAACAAUUAUUGUUCAGAAAUCAUUUGUGGCAUUUUUCAAUGUGUUUGUGUGUUUUAUUAUUUUAUUUUUUUAAUUUUUGGUAUUGUUUUAAUAAAAAUUUUUAAAAAGUAGUAAGUAUUAAAAUUAGUUUAAUAUUUAAAUAAAAUACAAAUAAACUGUUUAAAGUAUAUUAAUUUCGUUGAAAUCAUAAUAAUAGAAGUAUAACUUCUUACGUGCGUACAAAGUACACACACAUUCUUUUUAUUUUUUAUUAUUUCACGUUGAAAUAUUCGAUAUAGGCGAGGAAAUAAAGCAUUACACCUCUAACUUUUUUAAGUAAGACGGAUCGUUAUGAAACCUAUUGCAUUGAUUCUUAAGAGCUUCGGGAAAAAAGUUGACAUAUUGGCAUGAGGGACAAAUGACAAUUGCAUUGUUGCAGGCCGAAAAUGCAUUUUCCAAAAUGUUUCAAAAAUUAAAAUUCACCACUCGGAAAAUAAUCAUAAAAAUGUAUAAGUUCAAUUUUCAUACUUGGUGGUUUUUGAGGUCGCUGAAUAUUAAUGUAUCGGCGAAGCUGGUGCCCGGUAUCUACGUCGUUUAUUACCUCGGGGUUUUUGAGGUCGCUGAAUACGAAUAUUGCAUCGAAGAUGCUGUAGGAGAUACCUGGUGCCCGGUAUCUACGUCAUCUUUCGUAAGUUUCAACAAAUUUUAUUACGAAUUUCCAUGAAAUUUCCAUAGACGCUGUAGAUACAGGGAGUGAAGAUAACGGGUAGCAAAUUCAGUCGAAGUCAGGAUUCGUUUUUAAGGUAUUUAUUUUAGAACCAAAACAUACAAAAAUAUAAGAUAAUUAGCGUUAAUUACAAUCUACACGAAUAUUUUUUAAUGCACUAGCACUGACGUCUGUAUCGUUUCGAUAUUUCCCUGGUAUUCCGUCCUGGAGAGGGCGGCGGCUUACUUACAGGGUUGUCCGGUGGCGGGCUCAACACUGCUGGGACCUCGAGAGUGACUUCCAUGUGAUGAUUCGUAAUGCAGGCGUGUCGUUUUAUAACUUUUGUUACAAUUGUGAGUGUUGAUGUUGGAGUUGGGUUAAGGGAGUGAAUGGGAUAAUGUACUAUCGUCGUGAGCCGGUUUCAUAUCUUUAAUGUAAAUUUCGUUAAUUGAUUUUCCCGUUGCGUCCUUUAACUGCAAAAUUACUUUGGAUAAAAGCUCUCCCGAAUCAAAUGCAAGAGGCUUCAUACGAUUCGCCUUACUUUAAAAAAGUUAGAGGUUUAGGCGAUUUUAGUGCUUUAUAUCCUCGCCUAAUAUGUAAUUUGACUAAUAAGAACCUAUAUUUUUCAAUAACUCGAAAAAUAUUGACUUAGUGAAAAAACUCUACCUAUAGAAAAAAAGUUGCUUAGAAUUAGUGAUUUUAUCCACUUCUGGACUUACCUUGAACAUAUAUUUUUUCACCCCCGAGAAGGGGUGAUACUGAACCCUAGGGCAAAAGCACACAUCGGUACAAUAUCAAUUUUUUUCUUUGGCAUUUUAGCUAUGUGUGUGUUAAAUUUCGUGUCAAUCCAAGCGUAUUAGCUUGAAAUAUUUUAGUUCGCAUCAUUUCUGGAAAUUAAUUUGUUUUAAAAAUUACAAAGAAAGUUAUUAACAUGUAAUUUAUCACUGCUAAUUUUAUUAUGUAUUUUAUAUUUUGUUCUUUUGUAGUGUAUUGAUAAAUAAAUAAUUUUUAGAAUA